CGACUGGCAACGACGACCAAGCACUAAGACUAGACACCUUGACUGACGACAGACUUAGACCCGCGGAAAACAGAACCCAAGUGUAAUAGGCUGACUAUACUCUCAUCCUGCACACGAUGAAGUCCAUCCACGCCUUUGCUACACUCGCCGCGCUUGUGUCAGGUGCAUUCGCCGCCAACUUCACGCUCGUGCAAGAGUACUCUGAUACGGGCUUCUUCGACUCAUGGACCUUCUACGGCAACUAUGACAACUUGACGAACGGUGACGUUACCUACGUGAAUCAGACGAACGCGACGGGCCUCGCGUACGUCGAUUCCUCGGGGCACGCCAUCAUCAAAGUCGACAACACGUCCUUCGUGCCGUACAACGACAAGCGCAACAGCGUGCGGAUCACGACCAAUGACUACUUCGAGGUCGGUACUGUUUGGGUCAUCGACGCGCUGCACCUUCCAUUCGGCUGCUCCGUCUGGCCAAGCAUCUGGACCAAGGGCAACAACUGGCCCUCGAACGGCGAGAUCGACAUCAUUGAGGGCGUCAACCUCAUGACCUACAACCAGAUGGCGCUCCACACCGAGCCCGGCUGCCUUGCCGCGAACGGCACGGACGAGACUGGCCAGCAGGGCGGCGGCGACUGCAGCGUCCCCGCGGGAUGCACCGUCAUCGAGAACACGCCGAACAACUAUGGGCAGGCGUUCGCAGACAACGGCGGAGGCGUCUGGGCGACACAAUUUGAUGUCACGGGAAUCUACAUCUGGUUCUGGGGACGCGCGAACAUCCCUCCGUCGAUCACCACCGCGACGGACUCGAUCGAUAUCUCGAGCUGGGGCUCGCCGUCUGCAGCAUGGCCCGCGACCUCCUGCAACAUCCCUCAAUUCUUCGGUGCUCAGCAGCUCGUCAUCGAUAUCACGCUUUGCGGCGACUGGGCUGGCGUCCCAUCAGUCUACGCUGCGACAUGCGGCGACGCCUCCACAGGCGCCUGCUACCUCGACAACGUGAUCAACAACGGCACGGCACAGUACGCGAACGCGUACUUCGAGCUCAACUACAUCCGCGCGUUCGCCAUCAACAGCACCGUCGUCGUCAAUGCAGACGGCAGCCCCGCCUCCUCCGGCGCCGGCACGCCCUCCUCAACCGCGAGUACGUCUGGCGCUAGUACGAGCGGCGGCGCGGACGCGGCAGGUGGCAAGAACUCCGGUGCUGCUGCGCUCGCACGCAGUCCUGCGGUGUGGGUCGCGGUGGCGGCCGGUGCUGUUGGUGCGCUGGGCGCGAUGGCGCUAUGAUGUCUCUUGGGGCGAAGAAAACACUGUUUUAUUUACAUUGGUUCGCGUUUUGACUUGUAGUCAAUUGUAUACUUGUAUAGACGUGUAAGAUAAUCUUCGGUUGUAAUGGACUCGGACGCUGUAUCGCGCCACUCUGUCUUGUCUUGUCCGUAUUUUUGACGCUUCGUAGAGUAGCAAAUUGCACGAUCUGCG